GCAGCAUAAUCAGCAUACCUGGACCUUCUCACUGCAUUGUUUAGCAACAUGGCACGUUAAGAUGUGUUGAGGGCAGGCCUGCACAGGCCUUACUGCACAACAGCAGGAAGAAGGGAUCACAUUCAACUUUGACCUCGUGUCAGUUGCGUCACGGCCUUCUUUGAGGAGGAUUAACUGACUACAGAGCAGUUCUGAGCAGACGUCGUGCUGUCACAUAUUCUCGCUAGCUUGACACAGGCUGAAAGUCUGUCAACUUCAGAGAAAUGGAGUGCCAAUGUGAAAAGGACAACGCUGAGGAUGCUGUUACAGACUGGUGGCUGACCAGCAACAACAUCCAAAUGGGAGCUUUUACUGUGGUGGGGUAUCUUCUCUACAGAUUCUCACAGACACUGCCAGCUCUGAUCCGAUGGCCGAUUCGUCUGUUCUGCACUCUAACCGGUCUGACGGCUCUUUGGAGUUGGGUGAGCCACCUAGUGGGAACCCUUCGUGGAAUCCAGAGCCUGUGGAACUGGCUGGCUGGAAUUUGGCGGUUUAUCGAAGCAUCUUCCUCCAAGUUCAAGUCGCUUGUUGGGGUCAACACGGAGAUGGAUCUGUCUAGCUGCACAGACAAACCAGGCCUAAGGCUGAUCCUCCUAGGGCCCAUGGGUGGAGGACGGACCUCCCUUGCAGAUACUUUGUUGGGCAACCGUGAGACAAAGGCACCCAUGGGUCCCCUAAUGGAGAGCACCAAGAGGAGGGCAGUAAUGGAUGGUAGAGAGGUUAUAGUGAUUGACACCCCAGAUCUUUUGGGGUUGUCAUUAGGGAACAACAACAGAGCCAGGGAAGCUCUGAGGAGCCUUCAGCUCACCGGUCCUGGACCACACGCCUUCCUGCUGGUGAUACGAGCUCCAGGCUCCAGCACAGAGAUCGACCAGGAUGUGGCUCAGGCAAUCCGAGCCACCCUAGAGCUUUUUGGAGAUGGGGUCGCGGGGUACAUUCUCCCAGUGCUCACACAUGCAGACUGCCUGGGUCGAAAGUGUACUGUAGAUCAGCUGCUUGAUGUGGACUCUGGUGAUUUGCAAAGGGCUCUGUCUCUAAGCAACGAAAGGCCAGAGCUGGUGGACAACAGGCCAGACUGCCCCCCAGAGGCACAGAGUGUGAUACGCAGGCAGCUGGUGGGCCGUGUGGUGGAGAUGAAGACACAGAGGGGGCAUUUUGUCCACGAGCUGCAGAGGAGGGAGGACCGCAUCAGGGAGGAGCUGCUAGCUGAUAUGGGCUCUGUCCUGGCUGGAAAACUGGGACACACAUGUGGAUAAGAGUGUGUGUGUGUGUGUGUGUGUGUGUGUGUGGUGAAAAAAGAAGGCAACAGGAUUCAUUCAAGUGUUAAACAUGCAAUUUUGACUUUAAGUGCAAGGGUGAAUCUUUGCCUAAGGUAUUUUGUAUAUUUGUCACUCUGCUGGUUCACCACUGUCGAAAUAAAUGUACGACUGCUGGUGGCCACCUUGUGUUUUCAACGUGCCACCAAUUCUUUUGGUUAGAUCACACACACACACACACACACACACACACACACACACACACACACACACACACACACACAACACACCACACACACACACACACACACACACACACACACACACACACACACACACACUUAAUUUUGCUAUUCUGAUGUGUUGUAAUUCUUCCAUGUCAGUAUAUUCUUUUGGACAGGCCUGCACCUCAUGUUUUCUUGCUCUGCUGCAGUGCUUGGCCCUCCACUUUCCUUCAUAAUUCAUAAGACAUCAAACUUUAAAGAUGAUCGGGGAAAAUAAACUGAAGUCAGCAGUCCUGUUUAAUGUUUUCUUUACUUUCUCCAGAGGCCUCUGAAAUAGCAUUUUGACAAGAUAAUUAAGAAUUACUAUCAACAAGUUCAAAUUCAAUUGCAGGUUUUAGAGUUUGUAAUUAUGUAGCUGUGAUCAUAAAAACAAAUCUACAUAUUGUCAACAAAUGAGUGAUAAGUUGAUAUAUGAUAUAAUUAUAUCACUAAAGCUACGAUUCUGUAACUGUAAAGGUAUCAAUGUUCUCUCAUUUUUAGGCGGGCAAAUUCGAAUGAGCUGAAACACAAGUAGAUAGAGCAUUCAACUAAACGGUGCAUACCUUCAACACACCAAUCAGGUUCCACAUGGGCAUGAGGAUGUAUAAACCUUAGCAAAGGAAAGAAAAUAAACCCCAGUGGUCUGCUGGUCUUUUGCCAAGUCUGACUUGAAAAGGAAUAGCUAGCCCCGGUCAUUAUGUACUAGCCUCUCUGGGAGCCAGGGACUAUUUACAGUGCUGCGCAGCCAAACAAAUAAACUACAAAAAUGAAAAAACAAAUAAAAACAAGGUUUUCCAGUGUCACUUUUGGGUAUAGCUUGUUACAGUUCAGUAAACGGAUGGGGGGGGAAACAGCAGCUAACUGGUCAGUGUUAGACUUGUUAGACAUUCUGCGCUAAAACACAAUACCAGCCAUUCAAAGUUUAUUCAAUUUGAAGACCACCUUCAAAAAGAAGAUCUCUUCUUCAUGGCUAAAUCAUCAGCAGUGCAGGAAAGUCACAAGAGGAAGAGAGAUCCAUUUUCUAUUGCAUCCACAUUAUUGUGGAUAUUAUGGGAUUAAUCAGGGCUGAUUGGUGGUGGUCCUAAAAAAACUUUUAUGAGUUUCCAUUGAUAGAAAGUGCCAAAGUCUUUUACACUUGCAUUGAAAAAUCCUUUUUAUUUUGACAUUGACUCAAAUGGCUCAUCAGACGGUCAAACAUAGUGGCAAACCUACUGAAAAUGAACAUCCGACUGUAACUAUUUAGCCACUUUUAGCUCUUUGUUUUACUUUUUCUGCCUGAACAACAUUCUCAUGAGUUUGCACGCCAAAGUAGAGCUAAAAAUCAAAGUGAAUGAUAUUUUGGUUGAAUUCUGAGCUACUCUCAAAAUGUAAAAAAAAUCAACACAAGAGGAACAACUCAUGUAUCCUUUCACAGCGUAACCUAACAAACGAUGGGCUGUGUCACAUUGUUUCAAUAAAGGAGACUGAAGAAGGCCA